UUCACUUACUCAAACCUCAAUCUUAAUAAACCACCAACUCCUUCACUCCUCUCUAACUCACUUCCUCACAUUCCCCUCUCCAAAUGGAAUACGGCAGGCUCGGAGCACCCGAGCCUACCAGCGCCGGCUCCUCAUCCCGCAGCCUAACCCCCGACCCUACCCGCGCCCCUAAAAAAUCCAGCCUCAACCUCCUCCUCGCCCUCGCCCUCGCCGCCGCGCUCAUAGCCGCUUCCGCCGUCUCCGCCGCCCUCGUUAUCGACGUCGUUCGCAGCAGAGACUACGAUUCCGGCGCCGCCUCCCCGCGCCGCCCCUCCAAGGCCGUCUCCCAAGCCUGCGGCAACACUCGCUACCCGAAUCUCUGCGUCCACUCGCUCCUCGACUUCCCCGGCGCCGCCACCGCCUCCGGCAAGGACCUCGUCCACAUCUCCGUCAACAUGACGCUCCGCAAAUUCGGCCGCGCGCUCUACUCCGCCGCCGAGAUCAGCAACCUCAAAAUGGAUCCCCGCGUCAGAUCAGCAUACGACGACUGCCUCGAGCUUCUCGACGAUUCCGUGAACCUCCUCUCGCGAUCGCUCACCACCGUCGCCCCCGGCGGCGGAGGAUCCACGCAGGACGUGCUGACGUGGCUCAGCGCGUCGCUGACGAACCAGGACACCUGCGCCGACGGAUUCUCCGAGCUGAGCGGCUACGUGAAGAAUCAAAUGACGGAUCGGCUGAAGGAUCUGUCGGAGCUCGUGAGCAAUUGCCUCGCGAUAUACUCCGCCGACGCCGGCGACGAGGAUUUCUCCGGCAUUCCGAUUCAGAACAAGCGGCGGCGGCUCCUCGGAAACGCGAAACCGCACAGGCAUUUCCCGGCGUGGCUGUCGCGGCGGGACAGGAAGCUGCUUGACCUUCCGCCGGCGGCGAUCAACGCCGACGCAGUCGUUUCGCACGACGGCAACGGCACGUGCAAGACGAUCGCGGAGGCGAUCAAAAAGGCGCCGGAGCACAGUAACCGGCGAUUUAUUAUCUACGUGAGGGCAGGAAAGUACGAGGAGCCUAUAUUAAAGGUAGGGAGGAAAAAGACGAACUUAAUGUUUAUCGGCGACGGAAAGGGCAAGACGGUCAUUUCAGGUGGGAAGAGCAUCCAAGAUAACAUGACGACAUUUCACACCGCGACAUUUGCGGCAACCGGUGCCGGUUUCAUUGCAAGAGACAUAACAUUUGAGAACUGGGCCGGGCCAAGCAAGCACCAGGCCGUGGCCCUCCGAGUCGGGGCGGACCACGCCGUCAUCUACCGGUGCAACGUCAUUGGCUACCAAGACACACUCUACGCCCACUCGCAGCGCCAAUUCUACCGAGAGUGCGACAUCUACGGCACCGUGGACUUCAUCUUCGGCAACGCGGCCGUCGUGUUCCAGAACUGCAGCAUCCACGCGCGGAAGCCGAUGCCUUUCCAGAAAAACACCAUCACGGCCCAAAACCGCAAGGACCCCAACCAAAACACGGGCAUCUCGAUCCACGCAUGCCGGAUCGUGGCGGAGCCCGACUUGGCGGCCGCGAAGGGCGCCUACCCGACGUACCUAGGACGGCCGUGGAAGCUGUACUCGCGGACGGUGUUGCUGCAGUCCUACUUGGGGGACCACAUCCACCCGAGAGGGUGGUUGGAGUGGAAUGCCACGUUUGCACUGGACACGUUGUAUUAUGGGGAGUACAUGAGCUACGGCCCCGGUGGCGCGAUUGGCCAGCGCGUGACCUGGCCGGGGUAUCGGGUGAUCACGGCCGUGGAGGAGGCGAACAAGUUCACCGUGGCGCAGUUCAUUUACGGGUCGUCGUGGCUGCCCUCCACCGGUGUGGCGUUCUCGGCCGGCCUAUCAACUUGAAUAAUAAUAAUAAUGAAAAUAAUGUUUUAUAGAAAGUUAAAUUGUUUCUUUAGUGUAUAAGGAAAUUACUUGCCUUUAAAUUAGGGCUCAAUUUAUUUAUAUGGUAUAUAUAAUAUAAUCCUUUUUAAA